ACACUCACAUGCAGGGUGAAGAGCGCCUCCUUCCUUAAAGUCAUCACUUCCCCUCUUUGUCGCCAUUUCAUAUUUAUGAUCUCAAAAUUCCAAGACCAAAAUUUGAAACACCUACCCAAAUUUCUCUGUUCUGAUUUUUACCUCUAUUAAGUAAUUAAUUCUUCUUCUGAUCCAUGGCGGAUCUCAAGUCCACAUUCUCAAACGUCUAUUACGUUCUCAAAGACGAACUCCUCCACGACCCCGCUUUUGAAUUCUCCGAUGACGCUCGCCAAUGGGUCGACCGGAUGCUGGACUACAAUGUGCCAGGAGGAAAGUUGAACCGGGGACUCUCAGUCAUUGACAGCUACAAACUGUUGAAAGAAGGACAGACAUUAAAUGAUGACGAAAUUUUCCUUGCUAGUGCUCUUGGUUGGUGUAUUGAAUGGCUUCAGGCGUAUUUUCUUGUCCUUGAUGACAUUAUGGAUAAUUCGCACACACGUAGGGGUCAACCAUGCUGGUUUAGAGUGCCCGAGGUUGGGAUGAUUGCAGCAAAUGAUGGAGUUUUACUAAGAAACCAUAUUCCACGCAUUCUUAAGAACCAUUUUAGGGGAAAGCCAUAUUACGUAGAUCUUCUUGAUUUGUUUAAUGAGGUUGAGUUCCAGACUGCUUCAGGACAGAUGAUAGAUCUGAUUACCACACUGCAAGGAGGAAAAGACCUCUCCAAAUACACAUUAACUCUGCAUCGGCGUAUUGUUCAGUACAAGACUGCUUAUUAUUCGUUUUACCUCCCAGUUGCAUGUGCAUUGCUCAUGGCGGGUGAGAAUCUGGAAAACCAUGUUGAUGUGAAGAACAUUCUUGUUGAGAUGGGAACCUACUUUCAAGUACAGGAUGAUUAUUUGGAUUGCUUUGGGGAUCCUGAUACUAUUGGAAAGAUAGGUACAGAUAUUGAAGAUUUUAAAUGCUCUUGGUUAGUUGCAAAAGCUUUGGAGCUUAGCAAUGAGCAACAAAAGAAAGUUCUAUACGACAACUAUGGUAAUGCAGAUCCAGAAAAUGUUGCUAAAGUAAAGGCCCUGUAUAAUGAGCUUAAUCUUAAGGGUGCAUUUGAGGAGUAUGAGAGCAAGAGCUAUGAGAAGCUUGUAACUUCCAUUGAAGCUCAUCCUAGCAAAGCAGUUCAAGCUGUAUUGAAGUCCUUUUUGGCUAAGAUUUACAAGAGGCAGAAGUAGAGUGAGUGUACGGCGAGGACCAAAAUUGUUUUAACGUGCAAUAGAAACUAGAGUUCUGAUUUCUGUCUGGAGCCGAAUAUUGUUCCGGCAAAAUUUUCAACGUUGAUUUUCUUGUCUUCUAUCUUGUAAGCUGUCAUGGGAUACUGGUUUGACUAUUAAUAAUCUCUUCAUCCUUUUGCUCA